AUGUAUCUUAACUCCGACAAAUGGUUCCUGCUUGACAGAGAUCAGUAUCAAUGGAAGAGGCCGAGCACAAGCAGACUGCAACCGAUGCAACAGAAGGAUGACAGUUCAAAGAAAAAGCUGGUUAGCGAGAAGAGCAUUUUCUCAAACCCUUCCCUCUUCACCCGAGGCAGUCAAGGAGUGGCCAUUGCAAGUCAGCUAAGUAAGUUGUCUUCGUACCAGUCUUCCUGUGGAGGAGUGACCCCUGAGAGACUCCUCACCUGCUGGUCUGAGACUCAGAGCUGCGAUACAGGCCUCUCUACUGAACAGAGCUCUCUCUACUCAUGGAGAUAUGAUGAGUUUGACAGAGUGAACACCCAGCGUGUGCGUCAGCUAUUCAGUGAUGUGGACGAGCUGCUGUAUGAAGGGAGGGUGAACAGCAGCUCCGUGGGACUGCAGGAGGAGUGUCAGGAGUGGAACGGACACUCCCCACACCUCAGAAUUCUGGGUAAUCAGUUGGAGUCGCCCAAUCAGGAAGGGUUUCAGUACGUUCACAGGAGAGUGGAGGCCAGUGGAGGGAGAGGGAGUGCAGUGCUGCCCCCGUGUGUGGACAAGAGGGAGAAAUCUGGAGAGCAAAACUGCUCCAGCUCCUUCAAGUUAUGUGUUGAAGGUCACGGUCUUUCCCCAACUCCCUGCACAUUGCAGGGGGCAACCCCUCUCUCCCACUCUCUCUGUGAUCACUCAUCCCUUCUACAAGAAGAGGUCUACGAGGCAGAGGGAAGGAUGGAGGAAUUUCUUGCCUAUGAUGCCAAAGACACGGAGGAUGAGUGGGUGAGUCAGAGAGGAGUCUCGGGAUCUGUGGGGGCAGCAGGGAGAUCCGGGGUACCCCCUGUGUCUCCCCACACCUGUAUCAGGGAUGCCGUGGCUGACGAGGCCUUUGAUGACAUGUGGAGGGAGGUGGUGAACUCUCUGGGGGAGCUCCUCCACAAACACUGGCAGAGACAAAUCACUGGUGGAGCAGGUCACAGAGGAGUGUUGGAGGCUCUUGGUGGAGUCUUGGGUGAUCCCUCUCCUCACAUCAACAGUAAAUGUCAGCGUGUCCCUCUCUCCAGGGGCUCCAACACACGUAGCAUGCUGCUGUGGUCCAACUGUUGCCCCAGUACACAGGCCUCUCAGGUAUCAAGUACCUUCACGAUUAAUUUAAAUGGUGUUAUGACAAUCCAAGCUAAGCCUCUUCAACAAAGACAACAUGGAUUUGCAGAGAAGUCUCAUUGUGAUCUGGAGGACAGACCCAGCAGAGCUCCAGCCCCCACUAUGUCUCCAUCCAGGAGAGCAUGUAGUACGCCCUCCCACAGAGCCCCACGCCCAGCCCAGCGAGGCCUGCCCCUGCCCAGGCUCCAUAUCUGCUCCAGACCCAGCUCCACCUCCAGAAGUACCAGCUCCAGGGGCAGGGCCAGGAGCUGCCUCAGCCCCAGACACACUGUCCCCAGACACCAGGUCAUCAGAGGAACCAGACUUUCAAUACAGAACCAGAGGCUCCUCCCCCUCCUCCAUGCUGACCAAUCAGAGCUGGAAACCUCAGUGUGUACUGCUGCACCCAUGCAGCUCAGGGGGAGGAUUCUGCAAGGAGGACAUACCACUGUACCCAUCUCCAUCCUUCCACCCCUCAGAGAGCCCACUCUGCUGUUGGAGUCCCUGUCUCGUCCCAACACCACACACACACUCCGGUCAGACACACCCAUGAAGCGAUUGUUCACUCCCAUGGAUUUCACCUGCCACAUGAAGACUGGGAAAGGACCUCACCCAGGUGACUGUGCUCCGAUUGGAGUGACAGGCUUUGGCGUGGGUAUCACCUGCUCCGGCUCCAGCGGCUUCUCCGAGAGCACCAUGGCAACGAUGAGACGCCAGCGCCCGCUAUCCUCCUCCGUGGAAGGAGAGAGUGGGACUGAACCACUGCUGUUAGGUGUUCCUCAUCAACGUAAAGUGUUUGGUCGGUUUCCUGGUCAUGUGAAGAAGAGACUCCAGGUGGUGUUGUCAUAGCAGCACAGUCCAGACAGGAAGACCAGAAUGCAUCAGGAACACCAACACUUGGAAUUAAUGGGUGUGACUUGAUGAAGUACAGCUACGGUGAGAUUUACCAUAGAACUAACACAAGAGUUUGGACUUACGUGAUAGCUUACGUGAUAGCUAGCUAGAUAACUUACGUGAUAGCUAGCUAGCCUCCCUGACAGUGGCUAUCUAGAGGUAAGACUGCAAUGUGCAGAUAACGGGUGGACAAUAAGGACAAGGUUUUAAUUUGAAAAUACCACAUUUAGGUUGCAAUGGCAUUUAGCAGGACAAAUCUGCUUGGUUAUAUUUUAUAUCUGCCGUUUUAAUUAGAUACAUUGUAGUUUAUUUAUGUGGCAAGAGCGAUUACAGGAUAGGACAAAUGUGAUUAAAUACAUUGUCCACUACUGUUUGUUUACCUAGAUGUCGAUUUUGCAAGCUAGCUAGCAUUGUGAAGCAGUGUCUAUGCAUACAAGCAAUCGUUGAUAGUUUUUUUGUGAAAAUCUAAGUGAUAUCAAAUACAGUACACUAUGAGGCCUCCCGAGUGUCGCAGCAGUCUUAGGCACUGCAUUACAGUGAUUGCGUUGUCACUACAGACCCAGGUUAAAUCCCAUGCUGUGUUGCUGAGGCCCGCGACUGGGAGACCCAUGAGGUGGGCACAAUUGGUCUAGCGUUGUCCGGGUUAGGGAUUUGGCCGGCUGGGAUGUCCUUGUCCCAUCACCCUCUAUUGACUCCUUGUGGCAGGCCGGGCACCUGCAAGCUGACUUCAGUAGCCAGCUAGACGGUGUUUCCUCUGACACAUUGGUGCGGCUGGCUUCCAGGUUAAGCGAGCAGUGUGUCAAGAAGCAGUGCGGCUUGGCAGGGUCGUGUGGUAAAAAAAGUUGUAAAAAAUGUGCUUCUCCAAUAGCCUACAACUGUGAUCAGGGAUUUCUAUGUCAUGGCGACGUUGGCUAGCUAAGCUCGUGCAGAAACACAUCAUCAGGUUUAACGGUCAUCACGUGCCGAACUGCGCAUGUGCAUACCAUCAAAUCAAAGGGACUCCUUUAAUAUAAAGGUAUUUUUGAUUAAAAUGAAAACGUGUCACUUUCACUUGGUUGCAGUAAUAACAUGUUCAACUACUUAAGACAUUGUCUCAAAUAUAAGUUGUGUCUUUAGAUUUCGAGAAAACUAAGGAAGAAUUUUUCUCUUCUCUCACGGACCCCAAACCCUGGCCUGGUCUGCUUGGUCUUCUAUAAACCCCAAACCCUGGCCUGGUCUGCUUGGUCUUCUAUAAACCCCAAACCCUGGCCUGGUCUGCUUGGUCUUCUAUAAACCCCAAACCCUGGCCUGGUCUGCUUGGUCUAGUUCUCAAGCAUUCCCGGAAGUCUCACGAUGUUGCGCAUGUGGCGAUAUCCAACUCGGACUCAUCAUCUGGCUUCAAAAUAUAAAUCCUAACUCUUGCGGUAGUUCAAUGGUAAAUCUCAUCCGUAGCUGUAUUCUAUGCAGUCAUAACCGGAAUUUAUGGAAACAACAGGAAGAAAGGUCCAAUUGGAUUUUCAUUUUGCUAAAUUAUUCUCAAUGCAAUGUUUUUUAUUAUUACAUUGAUUGAUGAAACCAUAACAUUUAUACAGAUUAUUAGCUGCUUCUUAACACAAGAGGUCAAUACUAAAUCUAAAUUCAAUGUGGUUAAAUGCAUUUGGUAAAUGAGCCAUGUUAGGAGGAAAAACAUGAAACAUCCUACUUGUAUGUUUUCUACAGAAAUGUCAGCGUCUUGAAUACCGUAGGUUUUUCAAGGAAUGAUCAUUCAUUCAAAUAUUGUUUUGAAAUUGUAACAAAUAAUAACAAAUAAUAUUGUGUAAUGCAAUAAAUGGCUCUUUC